AUGAGUGGGAAUUUCCCGUUCCCCGAGUAUUCGAAAAAUGAUUCGACCCCCAACCGUGACUGGGUUUCUGAUUACCCACGCUCCACCCUUGGCUCUUUUGAAACCAGCAAUCAUCUCAAUGCGAAGGUAGCCAUCCCCCGCAACACUCCAUCGAGUAGCUCAACUACCACUGGUCGGGUCAGUCGUGCAUGUGAAAAUUGUCGAGAACAAAAGGCCAAAUGUAGUGGCCAUCAUCCGGUUUGCCAUCGGUGCCAGGAUGCCGGGGUUCAAUGUUCAUAUGGCGACCGGAAAAGGGAGAAGAUGGUCAAACAGUUGACCGAGUUAUCCUCCAAAGUUGAAUCCCUUGAAACUCUUCUGUGUGAUAUUUACCACGCACUCGAUGCUUCGUCAGCACGUCAGGUCGAUCAACGCCUGAGGGAUCUAAACUUGCACCCUCACCCCCUUCCCAAUUCAACUCUUGCAUCAUCCCAACAAGCUCCGUCUGAUGCAAUUGAUAGCCUCUUGGCCAUCCCAACGGGGGUGGUCGACUACACCGAAGAGGACUUCAACCGUAAUGACAAGGUACAAGCGAUGGGAUUUGUGGGCGAUCAUUCAGAGAUCGCAUGGUUGUACAGACUCAAACGCAGCCUUGACCAUGGCAACUCCACGCCAAUCAAAGAGAUACCCGAACCUCCUGCUAUAUCUUCCAUGAACUAUUUCGAAGACGAGUCCGAAAUUUCGGUUCCCAACACCGUCGAUCUUGCACGCCGGCCCCCUCAACACAUCGCUGACAAGCUCGUUGAAAAUUAUUUCCACGUCCUUCAUUCCGCGUUCCCCAUCCUUGGAAAGGCUCUCUUUCUAAAUCAGUACCGAUCCUUCUACUCAAACCCGAGUGUACGGCCUGGGAAACGCUGGCUGGCUGUGUUGAACUUGGUGUUUGCCAUCGCUACCAGACAUGCGUCCCUUACAGACCAGCCCCAGACGGACUACAGCGAACAUUCUGUGUAUUUCGCCCGCGCUUGGAAGCUGAGUGGAAGCAAAAUUUUACUUGAUCAUCCUGAUCUACAACAAACACAGGUGGAGGGCCUAGCUGCAUUCUAUCUCCUGUCAAUUGGCCAGGUCAACAGGUCUUGGAGAACGGUUGGAGUCGCGAUUCGCUCGGCAUUGGCGAUGGGAUUGAACCUUCGAAGUGAAACCGAUAGCAUCACACACUUUUCGAGAGAACUUCGGUACCGGGUUUGGUGGGCGCUUUAUCUGCUGGAUACGGUACUGUGUGAGAUGACAGGUCGUGCGUCCAUCGCAGCCCAUACUUUUUGCACAACUCCGCUUCCAGUUCCAUUCCUCGAGGAGGAUAGGGAAGACGAGCGUGUCGUCCAGAUGGUCACCAAUCUAGGGGCACGGAGUGCCUUUUCCACCUCCUUGUUGUCUCAUCCUCACGUUCCGCCCAAAGACCCAUUGGCUUCGAAAGAUCCAGAGCAGUCGUUGGGCAAGGACAAGCACGUUGAACAAAAGCCUGAUCUGACGGCCGCCGAAAACCUGACACCAAAUGCCUCUCUUUGCUUUCUGUAUGCUGUGGAUCUAGCCCAACUUUUGCAACGGGCCGUGGAUGCUGUCUACAUCUCUAGCCUAGAGCGGCAGUCGUGGCAUGAAGUCGAAGCGGAAAUCUCAACCUUCAAUACCCAUGCCGACAAUUGGUUACUUCGUCUCCCGAUGGAGUUCCAAUCCCCAGCAUCAGACACAAGCCAGGAAUUCGCGCAACAGCGCGUCAGUCUCACUUGCAGAUAUUAUGCUACCAAAAUGAUCAUCUUACAGCCUUGCAUUCGCCACCUCUCUCAGACUUCGGAAGCAAGCACUCCGGGUACACUAUGUGAAAGCAUGGCAGCGAUAUGUGUUCAGAUAGCCGGCCAAAUGCUGGACUUGUUGCCUGGAACAGGAGAUACAAAUUGGCUCCACUGCGUCGCUCCUUGGUGGUGCAUCCUGCACAAUGUCAUGCAAGCCACAACCAUCUUGAUGACCGAGCUUUUGACUCGUACGACUGCACACACCCUCGAAGCUGCCAGCAUAAUCACUAAGCUGAAGCGAGCUAUCGCAUGGUUGCACGAAAUGUCUGCUAGGGACGAAUCCUCGCGGCGCGCCUGGAUUAUCUGCACUGAAAUUGUCUCACGCCAUGGGUCGAGAUUUGGGCUUGGGCCUGUCUAG